AUGGCGUUAGUACCUUUGCAAACCCAGCUUCUGGGUACACCAGGAGAUAUCACUCUCAAAACAAUGACCUCUAGCUCAUCGUCACACCAGUACCCUCUGGUGAAGCUUCCACAUCCAUUUCUCACCGUAUACCGAGUGGAAGUUGUUCGUGAAACGUCGCCUGCCAGUCUCAAAUUGUCUCUUGAUGACCAGCCAUGGGCUGGAAAACCUCUGUCACAACCACUCCACCACAACUCAUUGUCAUGGCUUGAUCUUUCCUUCUUACCACAAAAUGAGCGACCGCCUAUGUCGAACAACAGCUCUUGGGCAAGAGCACGACGAAGCCCUCAGACCACCUUUGAAUGGACAGGAAAUAGUGUGCCUUUGUUAGGCCAAAUCUGGAACGUGAUUCACGCGAUUUACCUGGCUUAUCCGGUAACCGAAUAUUUCCGACUUUCAUUAGUCGGUGUGCAAAAAGAUAUCAUUCGCCAGGAACUCCUUUCUACAGGACUAGGCAUCGAGCACCCAAAACCAUGGAGACCCAAGGACGACCUUGCAUUCGCAACAGAAGAGAUGCUCAUCCUCAGAAGUGCCUUUUGGCAAGGCGCAGCUUCUCCCACGGGUCCUCGUCCGAUAUGGGUAGUUGGCGAUGGAACAGACGGUAUUUUGCGCCAACCAUUAUCUCGAUACCCAAUAAUGCCUGAAAAUCAUCAUUUCACCAUGAAGUUCCCGGAAGAACCUAUAUAUACUCGUCACCCGAUUCGUCGUCCCAAACCACAUCCCGGAUCAAUUGCCUACAGUCGCUACGUUCCAGACCUCAAUGAAUACUUUUCACUCGAAGUCGUUAAUUGGCAAGAUGAUGAACACUUGAAACUAUUCAACACAUGGCAGAAUGACCCCCGUGUUGCAAAGGGCUGGAAUGAAACCGGAACCCUGGAGCAGCAUCGCGAAUAUUUGCGGAAAUUACAUUUUGAUCCUCACGUUCUGUGCUUAUUUGGGCGGUUUAAUGAGACUCGAUUUUCUUACUUUGAGCUUUAUUGGGCAAAGGAGGACCACUACGGCGCCCAUUACGCAGCCGGCGACUACGACCGGGGACGCCAUUCUCUCGUCGGCGACGCGUCAUUCCGGGGCUCACAGCGCGUCAACGUAUGGUACUCUAGCUGCAUCCAUUAUUGCUUCUUAGAUGAUCCACGCACCGCCAAUGUAGUCGGCGAACCGAAAGCUACGGGUGGAACCAUCCUGUCAUACGAGAACUCCCAAGGCCUUGUCAUUGACAAGUAUGUCGAUCUCGGCCACAAACGGUCGGUGCACUCAAUUGCGAGCAGAGAGAAGUGGUUUCAGUUAUGUCCCUUGUUUUGGGAUGGCAGAGAGAGACCGUUUGAAUCGGCGGAUAGGGCGGCGUGGAAUGCGAAGCUAUAG